AGCAGGGGGCGCAGGGGGAGGAGGUCAGCGCGAACACCGAGCUGGUGUACCUCACAGGGCGCGCAAACAAGGUGCGGGCGCACUUUGGCAGCGCCAUGGGCGCCGACGACUUCAUGCAGCGCCUGGAGAUGGCGCUCUACGCCUUUGGCUUCACCGGCGACAACUCCAUUGCCAUGGUCAACCUGUGCCGCGACGAGGUGACGGUCACCCUGAAGCACCGCAUCGAGCAGAUCUUCGGCUCCUCCUUCUCCACCAACGGCCUGGGCGGCGUGCUGACGUGCGGCAAGACGGGCAUGGGCGCCGGCUUCUCCCACUCCCCGCUCUGUAGCAGCAACAAGGAGCGAUACGUCUUCUUCUCCUUCCCCCACAUCAGCAUCAACUCUCGAGGCGAGGUGGGGCCCAUGGCGCGCCCCGGCCGCCACGACGCCUCCUGCGCCUGCGGCGCGCUCAUCAAGGCGCAUGCCGAGAUCCGCACCCAGGGCCUCAUGUGCAACUGCAAGAUCCCGGGGGUGCACGAGCCUCUGGAGCCCGAGUAUUCCAUCCUGAAGCAGCGCAUCGCGCGCCGCCUGCGCCACGAGGGCAACACCGACGAGUCGGUGAAGAGCUUGAGCCUGGGUGGGUGGGCUAGCCAGCACUGGAGCGGGCGGGGAGGGGUGGGGCGGGGCGGGCUGUCGCCGGGGGUCAUCACGGGGGUGCAGAUCCACAACUGGUCCAACAACUUUGAGGACGACUCGCCCAACCUGGAGUUUGUGGCGCCCACCAGCGUGUAUGUGGUGGUGGGCGGUGAGAAGACGCACCUGGACCUGUCGGCCAUGCCGCCCGUCACGCCCCGCCAGAUGCGUGCCAUCGCCGGCCCCGCCGACGUCAUCAACCAGGGCGGGCAGACGCUGCUGCGGGAGGAGGCGGCGCCCUACGCCUUUGACUCCAAGGACGCGCGGCGGCGCAAGCGGGAGCGCCUGCUGCGCUACAUCAGCCUGAUGCGGGAGGAGGGGCUGGAGGCGGAGGCGGAACUGCUGGAGGCCAGCAUGCAGUCCAGGCUGGGACUGCAGGCCAAGAUCGCACGGGGGCAGCCGGGACGCAUCGAGGGAGACACCUCGGUUGUGAUUGACCAGAAGGCGGCAGCAGCCAGCGUGCGGGAGCUGCAGGAGAUCCGGCAGCUGCUGGAGGAGAAGCACCGGCAGCAGCAGGUGGUGAAGGAGCAGCAGGAGGAGCAGAAGAAGGCGUACGCGGCGGCGGCGGCGGCACAGCAGGUGCAGCAGCGGCAGGCGCCGGCGCCGCCGCAGGCUGGACCCAAGUGAGGCGGGCCGCGGCCCGCAGAGAAGAUCAUCCGCGAAAGAUUUACGAUGUUGGCAGCUCUAGAGGCAAUCGACCGAGCAGCGCCUCGUGACGCUGUCUGCGCGCGCGCCCUUCCCCUCUAGAUCUGCGCCCCAUGCAUGCCCCAAUUCCCACAAACGUAUGUUACGAGUCGCCAACCCGACACCCACGCACCUGUUUUCCUGUCCGUCUGUUUCCAUACCCGAUCUGAUCCCACCAUCGAUCCGUGUCACGUGUACUGGCCUGCUGCUGCCUGGCCCACCGCCUCGCUCCUUUCCUUUCCAGGCAGGCAUUUUUCUCCUUUCAGAAAAUUCCCCAGAACUCAACCCCCGCCCUUCCUGCAGUGGUCGCUCAUGUUUGAUACUGCCCUCAUCUUUACCCCCUGGUCUCCGGCACGCCGAUGACCAAUGCGUUUUUCUCAGCCUCCGCCAAUGCCAACCCCGGCAAACUGAAACCCUCUGGAUCAAGGUACUGUUGCUGAUGGGCUAAAC